AUGGCAUCCACCCUCGCGCAGUACGGCAAGACCAAGAUGGCCAAAGGGUCAGUAAUACCCAUACGGCUCGUUGCGAUUGGGUCGUCGGAGCUCGGCGGUUCGGGAUGCGGGAGCUGCGAAGCGAGGCUUCAACCGCGUCCACCCGACAGAUUAGGACAGAAAAGCUAAUUCGACUCUACAUGCUCCGUAUCUCCUACCGCAAUACAGUGUUGGUCGAUUCACGGACCUCGUCAUGGCUUCGGGUCAAGGUAAGUCGUACUACAGCUGCCGUCCCCGUCACCUUCGUUCAACGGCUCGGCGGACGGCGGGUGUCCGAUAUCGCCUCGGUUCGAUUGCUGUCGCAACGAUUCACUGAUCUAUUGAUCUCGGCUGCCUUGCCCUUCCACCAUCCAAUCAGGCGCCUACGUCAAGACCGAAUGCGGCCGAACCUUGCUCGACUUCACCGCAGGUAUCGGAGUCACCAACCUCGGUCACUGCCACCCUCACGUGACCAAGGCAGCGCAGGACCAGUGCGCGACCCUCGUCCACGCCCAGGUCAACAUCGCCUUUAACAAGCCGUACGUCACUUCCGGGACGUGACCUGAAGAAUCAUCUUACUCGAACGUAAAACUACCUGAAACUCAACCCUGGGCGAUUUGUACCUUUCUCACAGUUACCUCAAGUUGAUCGAAAAGCUGCAACCCGUCAUGCCCCACCCCUCGCUCGACACCUUCUUCUUCUGGAACUCGGGUGCCGAAGCCGUCGAGGCUUCGAUCAAGUUGGCCCGUCACGCGACGCGCAAGCAGAACAUUAUCGUCGUCCAAGGUUCCUACCACGGUCGUAAGUUGUGUCUCUUGAAGGAGGGUCGGUGCGGCGCGGCGCGGCUGAAUUCAUCUCGUUCGCAGGCACGUAUGGCACGAUGGCGCUCACGCGCAGCAAGACGAUCUACUCGGAGGGCUUUGGCCCCUUGAUGCCCGGCGUAUUCGCGACCCCGUUCCCGUACUGGCACCAAAUGGGUCUUCCCGAGUCGACUCCCCACGAGGAGCUCGUCAAGUCGGCGUUGUACCAGUUGGAACUCCUGUUGAAGCAGCAAAGCGCCCCUCGCGACACAGCCGCCCUGAUCCUCGAGCCCGUGCUCGGCGAAGGUGGCUACCUCCCCUCUCCUCCCGGCUUCCUCGAAGGCCUGCGCAAGAUCUGCGACGCCAACGACAUCCUCCUCAUCAUCGACGAGGUGCAGUCCGGUUUCGGUCGAACGGGCAAGUACUUUGCGAUCGAGCACUACCCGACCGUACGCCCCGACAUCCUCGUCAUGGCCAAGGGGAUCGCGAACGGUUUCCCGCUCAGUGGGAUCGUCUCGCGCAAGGAGUUGAUGGACCUUCAACCGGCUGGAUCGAUGGGUGGUACCUACGGUGGUAACGCCGUUGCGUGCGCGGCCGGUAUCGCGUGCGCCGAGGUGAUGCAAGAGGAAAAGAUCCUCGCCAACGUCGAAGCGCGAGGGUCCGAGAUGUUCGCGAUGUUGAACGAGCUCAAGCGUGAUGACAAGAUCGGUGAUACGAUCGCCGAAGUGCGCGGUUUGGGUCUCAUGAUUGGUAUCGAAUUCAAGUCGCCCACGGACCCGUAUACGCCGUCGAAGAUUGGGCAAAAGAUCCCGGCCAAGAUGUCGUCGAGGGUGCAGGCCAAGUGCUUGGAGAAGGACAUGAUGACGCUCACGACGAGUGUGUACGAGACGAUUCGGUGAGUUCAUGCAUAAAGUGUUGUUGAGGAGGUUCGAAAUGCAGCCGGACUGAACGAUAUUGGCCUCUUCCACUAGAUUCAUCCCGCCGUUGAACAUUACCCAAGAAGAGAUGAAGAAGGGUUGCGAUAUUGUGCGCGAGGCCAUUAUCGAGGUCGUCAAGGAGGGUUGA